AGCCUAUUCCGGCUUCAAAAGCUUCCGCAACCAGAGGGCUGUCCACCCAUUCUGAAUCUUUUAAGUAGCUAACUAGAUGCCCCAGUAGGGCACGACGUAUCCACUGCCUCGUGUUAAGUCCCAGUUCUUGUCUUUCCCUUGAGGGACAGGUCAUGGCUCGUAUCUAUGCCGGUGCGAAUGCACAACUGGGACGCUCGUGGUAUGACUAUGACAAUUUCCGCAUCGAGUGGAGUUCUCCCGAACGCUAUGAGAUCGUCGAUCGUGUAGGAGGUGGGAAGUAUAGCGAGGUGUUCGAAGGGUUGGAUACCGCUAACACCGAAACUUGUAUCAUCAAAGUACUCAAGCCUGUAGCCCCCAAGAAAAUCAACCGUGAAAUUAAGAUUUUGCGUAACCUCACUGGAGGCCCGAAUGUUGUUGCCCUGCUUGACGUCGUUCAAGACCCUUCAUCACGAUACCAUAGCUUGAUCAUGGAAUAUGUGGAUAAUGUGGAGUGGAAAGCCUUAUACCCAAUACUUGGCGAGGUAGACAUCAAGUUCUAUGCUUUCCAGCUCCUUAAGGCUUUGGAUUUUGUGCACUCGCGAGGAAUCAUGCAUCGUGAUGUAAAGCCGGGCAACGUCAUGAUUGAUCAUCGACACCGGAAGCUACGGCUCAUUGAUUGGGGACUAGCUGAAUUCUAUCAUCCUGGAACGGCAUAUCAUAUUCGCGUCGGUUCACGGUACUACAAAGCGCCUGAAUUGCUCGUGGGGUAUAAGUUGUACGAUUACAGCCUUGAUCUGUGGAGCGUGGGAUGCAUGCUUGCCUCGAUGCUGUUUCGCAAGGAGCACUUCUUCCGCGGUUCGGACAAUAAUGACCAACUCUUGAAAAUCAUGAAAGUUCUAGGAUCCGACAGUUUCGACGCAUAUUUGAAGACAUAUGACAUACCAUUUGAAACAGACAUGGAGGCUCUUUUGCACUCUUAUCCAAGACAGCCUUGGGCACGUUUUGUUAAUGCUGACAACCAGCCGUUUGUGACGUCAGAGGCAGUGGAUCUUCUCGACAAAUUACUGCGUUAUGAUCAUCAGAAACGGCUAACAGCACGGGAGGCUCAAGCCCAUCCAUAUUUCAAUCUGGUCAGACUCGAGGCAACAUCAAUUAAAGGAGACUCAGCGGAGUACGUUAGCGACUCUGGAUUCUGCUCUAUGUAAAGAAACUAGGGAGGUCAUGCUGUGUAGGUGUAAUUUUGGAUCUUACACUUGUAGGGAAGCUGUUGUAUCGGGCGAUGUUGUCACUAUUAGGGCCAAGACACUCAUGUUCGAGAAUGUGAUCAGAAUUCAAGAACGCGGUGAUUGCAUCAAAUC